AUCAGUCUAUCAAAAUCCCCUCGCACCAAUAUCAAAAACGCUCGUCUUUUAUUUCGUUUUCAAGAUAGAAAGAAAGAAAUAGCUGCUUUUUUUAAUUUCUGUCAUAGAAAAUGCUUCAAAGAACCUCGAACUGUACUACUUAUUGUUAACCCCAGAAAGCAAGUACGAAAUUUGGUACCCUUUAAUGUGUCUGUAAAUUCAGCAUUAACAAUUCUUUCUUUAAUCGAAAAUAUCAAUAGAGAAUAUUAGUAGUAACAAGAAGAUGGCUAAAGGUGGCGGUGGAGAGAAGCUUUUAUGCAAGCAGGAAGCAAGCUUUAUCUUUACGUGAUACAUGAAAAGAGAAUAGACACACAAUAGCAAUAUAGUUUAAAAUUAAAAAUUGUAAAGCAGUGGACGUAGGAUUCUUUUGGGUCAGCGAGAGGUAUUCUGGUUUUCUUUCUCGCUUUGGGUGGCUCCUCUUUCUUCUUUUACUUUUUCUUUCCCUCUUCACUCUCGCUUUUAUGUAACUUGGGAGGUGUUCUGGUCUUCUUCCUUUUUUUUGGGGAGCUCUAAAUCAAGCCUAGUAAGCUAAAUUUUACACCUCUUGAGUUGUUCAUUGUAUUUGGGUUCAGUCUUUAAAGGGUGGAAUAUUGUGUUUUUCACGGCAAUGCCAGCAUUUUGAUUCUGAUUCUCGGCUCUCUAGGUGUUUCUCUGCCAUUUUUUUUUCUUGCUCUGUUUUCGUUUACCUGUCUUAUCAGUUUUAACUGAACAAGGGUUGUGGUAUUUUUUUCCCUUUGGGAAUCGUGACAUCUGGGUUUGUUGUGAAAGGGAAACAGAGAGCGUGACACAGAGAGAGGAGAUGGCAGGAGGUGGAGGUGGAGGUGGAGGUGGAGGUGGAGGUGGAGCCGCACCACCGCCAAAACAGGAAGAGUUGCAACCACAUCCAGUGAAGGAUCAACUCCCUAGCAUUUCUUACUGCAUUACUAGUCCUCCUCCUUGGCCUGAGGCAAUUCUACUUGGUUUCCAGCACUACUUGGUGAUGCUUGGGACAACAGUGGUUAUACCCACUACUCUAGUUCCCCAGAUGGGGGGAGGAAAUGAAGAAAAAGCCAAAAUGAUUCAAACCUUGCUCUUUGUUGCUGGGCUGAAUACAUUGUUCCAAACGAUGUUUGGUACUCGCCUACCUGCAGUAAUCGGAGGCUCUUAUACCUAUUUGCCAACCACCAUUUCGAUUGUUUUGGCUGGUCAAUACAGUGAUAUUUUGAGUCCGCAGGAGAAAUUUGAGAAGAUAAUGCGUGGAAUUCAAGGUUCUCUUAUUGUUGCCUCAACCCUACAGAUUGUUGUUGGCUUCAGUGGCCUUUGGCGUAAUGUUGCAAGGUUCUUAAGUCCAUUAUCUGCUGUUCCUUUGGUUGCUCUAUCUGGUUUCGGGCUCUAUGAAUUUGGUUUUCCUCUGCUUACAAAAUGUGUGGAGAUUGGACUGCCACAGAUCAUCCUUCUACUUGUUUUCUCACAGUAUCUACCUCAUUUGACACGAGGAGAGCGAACAGUAUUUGAUCGCUUUGCUGUAAUAUUCUCAGUGGUUAUCGUGUGGGUUUAUGCUCACCUCCUAACUGUUGGUGGAGCAUAUAAAAAUUCAGGACCAAAAACUCAAAUAAGCUGCCGAACCGAUCGUGCAGGGAUUAUAGGUGCUGCCCCAUGGAUACGAGUUCCAUAUCCUUUCCAAUGGGGAGCUCCCACUUUCGAUGCUGGAGAGGCCUUCGCAAUGAUGGCUGCUUCAUUUGUUUCUCUUGUAGAGUCCAGUGGUGCUUUCAUUGCCGUGUCAAGAUAUGCAAGUGCCACUCCAUUGCCACCUUCUAUACUUAGUCGUGGUGUCGGUUGGCAGGGAGUUGGAAUUCUCUUCUCUGGGAUAUUUGGAACUGGCAGUGGAUCAUCAGUGUCUGUGGAAAAUGCUGGUUUAUUAGCACUGACGCGUGUUGGCAGCCGAAGGGUUGUCCAGAUAUCAGCAGCGUUUAUGAUUUUCUUUUCCAUUCUUGGGAAAUUUGGUGCUGUCUUUGCUUCAAUUCCAGCUCCAAUAGUUGCAGCUCUAUAUUGCCUUUUCUUUGCAUAUGUUGGUUCAGGAGGUCUUAGUUUCCUUCAGUUCUGCAACUUAAACAGCUUCAGGACAAAAUUUAUACUUGGAUUCUCUGUCUUCAUGGGUUUAUCAAUACCACAAUACUUCAACGAGUACACAGCUAUUAAUGGGUAUGGCCCAGUCCACACUGGAGCAAGAUGGUUCAACGACAUGAUAAAUGUGCCGUUUUCAUCAGAAGCUUUUGUCGCUGGCGUAUUGGCAUUCUUCUUGGACACCACAUUGCAUGGGAAAGAUAAUGCAACGAAGAAAGACAGAGGUAUGCAUUGGUGGGACAAGUUUCGGUCUUACAAAACAGACACAAGAAGUGAAGAGUUUUAUUCCCUCCCUUUCAAUCUCAACAAGUUCUUCCCAUCCGUGUGAUGUUACAACAUGUAAUUGUGGAGUUGCUUGCAUGGAAUUUACCCCCAAAAUGUCUUACUGCUGGCACCUUUGUACUGCUUUUUUGCCCGCUGUUCUUCAACUCUUACACUAAAUGAAUAAUUGAUGAUAAUUAUAGAAGAUUGCGUUUUGACUUUUGUU